AUGAGACAUGAGAUAGGAGAACACAAAGGUUGGGAUGCAUUUGUGACUGAGGGAUUUUCAAAUUGGAAAAAGAAAGAUAAACUCAAUGUCCAUGUUGGAGGUCCUAGUAGUGCUCACAACCAAGCUUGGAGAAAAUGUAAUGCACUAAUGAAUCAAAAACAACACAUUGAAGUUGCUAUCAACAAACAAUCUGAUUUGAUCAAAAGGGAAUAUCAUAUUCAUUUAACUGCAAUAGUUGAUUGUAUUCGACUUUUAUUAAAGUUGGGAUUAACAUUUCGUGAUGAUGAUGAAUCAGUGGAUUCAAAGAAUAAAGGUAAUUUUCUCGAGAUUCUACAAUUUCUUUGUAAUCAUAAUGAAGAGAUUGAUAAAGUAUUGAAAAAAUCUCGUGGAAAUCUCAAAUUAGUGUCACCGAGCAUUCAAAAAGAUAUUGUGAAAACUGCUGCUUCUGAGACCACAAAAGUUAUUAUUGAUGAUCUUAACAAUGAUUUGUUCUCUAUUUUAAUUGAUGAAUCUCAAGAUGUUUCAGUUAAAGAGCAAAUGGUUGUUGUUUUACGUUAUGUAGACAAGAAAUGA